GUGAAGCUCGUGCGCGUGUCUACCUCAAGCUCGCUAGCUGAAAGCUGGAAAACUUCACAUUUUUCAACAAAGUUCAGGUGUCAUGAUUGCUUUGUUUUGUCUGUGGAAGCCGAUUUUUUAAUUUGGAAUGAUAAGUGUUCCGACCGUCACCCGCUGAGGAUUUCACCCCGGUUAACGUGAGACACGGUUAACCCCUCAUAUAAUGACAUCAAACCAGUGAAGUCAUCUUCAGACUGUCUUUUCAAAUGUCUCAUAGGCCUCAAUGGCCUCUAUAGAGAGAAAACAUGAGAUUUGCAGCCCAUUCAUUCCACGGCGUAACUCUUUGAGGAAAACAAGUGCAGAAAUUGUCAGUGAGGCCAGACAAUCCCUGCGAGUUCAGUCUACCCAGCGACCAUUUACUCCCAGAGAUGGACACAGGAAGCUAUUUGGAGAGAGCUCUGUUGGUGCAGGCCGUGACAACAGGCCUCCAUCGUCCUUUAGUCUUCAUGCUCAUAAUUUUGAUGCUCCAGACUCCAGACCAGGUUCAGGGACUCGCCUCUCUCCUCUGGACCAUAAGCCAAAGUUUCUAGUUCCCCGCAAUGCCGAGGAUCCAUUCAAGGCCUAUCCCAAACCCCCCACUGACCCACUGGAACUGAAGAGGGGGUUGGCAGGGGCACGGGCACGCCUCCUCAGGGCUGGAUCUCUCACCACGUUGCCUCCUGUAGAGGGACACACAGAUGUGAAAGAGAGAUUGAAUCCAGGCCCAGGACAAAAGCAGCCGUCAGCUAAACGACUCCCCAGUACAGACCACACCGAGGUCCCUGGUGGUCCCCACAAACCUGGCCCACGCAGAACAGCAAGUGAAAGUAGAAUAAGGCAGCCUGGUGAUGAUUCAGGAGUUAGACCCACAGAGUGCAGACCAGGACAGAGAACAGAGCUGAGGAAUGGAGACAACACCACAAGCACAGAGGAGGACGCAGAGUCAUUGGUGUGGAAUAAUGUGAUUGCUCCUCUUCUGCAACAGCUAGAGAAUGUGGCUGCAGGCAGCUCUGAGGGCUCGCUGGACCGUCUGUGUGAUUUGUGUUACGGUCUCCAUGGCACCUUGGCAGAAGCGGACAUGCUCGGCCGACGCUGUAAGAGGAGGUCAGGGAUACUUCGAACACUGUUCCGCCUCAUCGACCUCAACUCUGCCCAGCUCAACCUGCACAUCGCCAGGCUCUGCCUUGCUCUGUGUGUCAGUGGGAACAACCUGCUCAACAUCUGUAAGCUCAUCUUCCAGAUCAGCCGCAGUGAAAACAACGACAUCCUCUUCCAGAACAACUCUAUCAUAGACUCGCUUCUGGGCAUUUUGAGCAGCGAGGAUGUGUCAUCAUCUGGAGAAACUCUGCUGUACUGUGUUGGGACUCUGAAAUUUCUCUCAGGAAACAGUGCAAUCCUCAGACUCCUGCUGGACAAGAACUGUAUCGGGGUGGCUCAGAAACUCAUCCAGAGACUCUCCACAGCAGAAGACACCGACUUCACUAUGUCGGGGCACAUCCUCGUACAGCUGACAGCGACGCUGAGGAACCUUGCAGAUCACCCUGAUUCCCGUCCACUCUUCAUCUCCUUCUCCAUAAUAUCAGAUCUCUGUCUGGUGCUGCGCCAUUACUGCAAAGACCAGGAAAUCUGCACCAACAUUUCCAGAUUAUAUAGUAAACUCUCCUCUUACUCGGAGUGCCGCCUCGCUCUGGCCCAGACCCCAGACUGCUACCAACUAUUUUUAGAACUGCUGAGCAAACAUCACCAAAAACAGGACCUUGUCGUGCGCCUUCUUUUCACCCUCGGGAACCUCACGGCCAAAAGCGACGGGGCCCGGCUGCAGCUGUUUCAUUGCGAGGGCUGCACGAGCACACUCCUGCAGCUGUACGACAGCUACCAGCGCAGAGACGACUCACUGCAGACGCCCCCGCGGAAAGUUCCCUCGUCCCCCAGCGAGCCUCCUGCGCCUCCGGUGAGUGUGCAGGAGGGCGAGGAUGUGCUGGUGAAGCUGGUCAGGGUGCUGGCGAACAUGUGUAUCCACCCGGCUGUAGGUCCAGCACUGGCAACCAACACAACCUGCAUUCAGCUGCUGAUGGAGACACUUGAGCUGAGGUCUGUGCAGGAAAGCGAGGAACUAUUGGUGAAUGUGGCUGCCACCAUCAACAACUUGUCCUACUACCAGAAAGACAGCUCUGCGCUCAGAGACAGUCAACUCACCAUCGCAAAGUUAAUGCUGAAGUUGGUGCUCAGCUCCAGUAUGGACGCCAUGCUUGAGGCCACCCGUGCAUAUGGAAAUUUGUCACAGUCCAAGGAUGUACGGGACUUUAUUAUACGAAACAAAGUGCACCAGUUUAUAGUGACGCUGAUCGACUCAAAAAGCACUGAGAUGUGUUUCUCAGCCUGCGGGGUCCUCACCAACCUGGCUCUGGACCCUCCAAACAGGGUCAGUCUCUCACUAGAGGGGGCUUCUUCCAAGCUCGUGUACUGUCUGAAAGACUUGGGCCCAGGUGAUUGGCAGCUGGCAGGCCAGGUUUGUCAGGCGCUGUGGAACAUGAUCGGCGGCGGCGCAGAGAAGCUGCUGGACACACAGGAGAGAGAGUCGCUGCUGGAGAGCCUCAUUACAUACUUAGACAAAGAAGAGGCUCUGAAGUGGAUAGAAAAUGAAGAUAUGAGGGACUUCCACAUGGCAUGCUGGGAGUUAGAGUUCCUACCUGUGGCUCAAAAACUGAUGAAGACUCUCCAGCCUCAGCCUGAGACACUGGGACAUGGAGUUAGGAGUAUCAUGUUGUCAUCUAAAUCUUAGCUUAUUUAAAAACUCUUGAAUAUUUGACCCAGAGUCUACAUUAUAACCAUUAAACACUUACCUCAGGUGGGUUUUAAAGGAGGCUGUGCAGGUCUGCUAAUAAAGGUAAUUGCGCAUAAUUUUUAUUUUCACUACAUCUAUAACAUUUUUUAAUGCACUUUAAUUCCCACAUAACUUGCAGAAGCCUGAAUUUCUGGGUAUCCUCACAUGUACAGGGAUAAUUUAAUACAAGCUCUUUGCACGUUUAUAUAACAGACUUGAUCUGUUUUGUAGGUACACUGUGUUGUAAUGGUUGUUAUGAUCAUGUAGUCUUGAAAACAGAUUACAGACCCAGCAUGUACCUCAUAAGGAAAUGUUUUUUUAUUGUCUGUGAAUUGUGAAACUUUGAAACUUGUACACAAUAAAACAUAGGAGAGUGGA